AUGUCAGAUAGGGAGCCCACCGAUAUCGAACAACCAACGCCUGUUGCUAGUGGACAACUAAACCUCACCGAACAAGUUUUCGAACGAUUCAAAUCAUAUCUUGGUCAAAAGGUUUCCAAUUUAACCACGAAUCUUACUGCCAAGGCCGACAGCAGAUCUAAGCGUGUCGAGCGCCAAACUACAGGUCAACAACUCAAGCUUGCCGCAACAAGGAUCAGUUUCUUUUCAACGCCGAGUUACAAAACUCAAUCGAAGAAAGUACCGAGUUACUGCAACACCAAGACGUCGAAGGGGCUUUGGUAAAGCUCGAAACGGCUCAGCAAUCUUUACAUCUACGACAGAAGAAAAUAAAACAUGCUGACAAAAGCGACGCUGGGUGGUUAGCGGUAAAAGAAUGCGAAGCUGAAGAUCUCGCAAGCGAUUCAGACGAUCAGAAACGUAUUAAGAAAGCCCAAGCGUCGGCAGUACGGAAGAAAGCUAAAUCUAGACAGGCAAAGCCUAUCAACCAGGUAUCCAGGAACGAAUUUGUUAAUCGCUUUCCUGUUCAUAGCGACAAUCAGCUUUUUCGAGGUAACUCAUGCAUGGCCACAAUAGGUAUAAGUCUGUACGUAAGUAGCCCUUUCUUUGUAAUAUCAGCAUGGUAGGCAGGUGCUCACACGUCGCCUACCGGUUUUAUCUAUCUAUUCAUAAUGUAACCAGUCACUGAAAAGCCCUGUUAGGGAGUGUGCUGUGAAAUAUCUGUACCUAUAUGUUGUGUGUGUAAUUGAUAUGGCGAAUGUAGAAGGAAAAUAUUUUUCCUUCGGGCGAACACAGUGAGUAAAGAAGGAAAACGAAUUUUCCUGCGGAAGUAGCAUAAUAAUAAGGAUGCAAAUUAGUAUACGAAUUUGCAUAGCACUAUAAAUAUGAGUGAAAAUACUGUAGCGCCAUCACGUGUAGCACAGACAGCCUUCUUAGUUUUACAAAACUAAUUGCAAGUCUUUAGUUAUGCAUCCUUGUAAGUGUUUUAUUUUAUUUCAUUUCAUUUCAUUUUAGGCCGUCGCUUUCCUAACGCAACCGACACCUGUUUCCGGUGUGGAAAACGAAGGCAUUGGGCCGAAAACUGUUACAAGUUCGACAGGCAAAGGUCGGUAGUGCCUGCCUUCAUCCCCACCAAGGGUUCCAACUUUGGGGAGUCUUCUGGAUACGGAUUUAAAGCCGGAAAUAGUGGUAAAUGAUUACUUCGGAGAGGAACUUGAACGCGUCGAACAGGUAGACCAUUUGGAUUAUGAAUAUAUUUUUGAAUUUUUGGACAGGCAUGAACCUGUCAAUGCUGUUGGUUUGCCAAAUGUCAAAGGCAGGCUAAAAUCUCAUUUAGCGGUUUGGACAGAUAUUAAGGCGCCUGAUUUUAUCAUUGACUGCAUAAGAGAAGGUUACAAGAUCCCGUUUUAUUCUACCCCGGAGCCAGCGACUUUUCCUAAUAAUCGCUCCGCUCACGUUCACGCAGAUUUUGUUUCAGAAGCGUUAUCAGAAUUGUUAUCCACGUGUAGAAUAGUGGAAACACGUAAGGAGGACUUGGUCGUUAUAAAUCCACUUUCCGUAACAACGAACAAAAGUGACAAAAAGCAUUUAAUAUUGGAUUUGAGAUAUGUAAACAAACAUAUUUACAAGCAAAAGAUCAAAUUCGAGGACUGGCGUACCGCCAUUAAUUAUUUCGGCCCAGGCACGUAUUUCACAAAUUUUGACUUAAAGAGCGGCUACCAUCACUUAGACAUAUUUUCUGAACAUCAGUCGUAUUUAGGAUUUUCUUGGCCCAAUCCAGAUGGGAGUACACGAUACUAUAGAUUUACUGUCUUGCCUUUUGGCCUUUCUUCAGCUCCCUAUAUUUUUACCAAACUGCUUCGUCCCAUAAUUCGUCACUGGCGUGGUUUGGGUAUUAGCACUACAAUAUUCCUAGACGAUAACAUCGAUAUGGAAAAUUCACCUGAAAUCUCUCACGAAUAUGCCACAAUUAUCAAAUCAGAUCUUUGCAUGUCAGGCCUAGUUGCCAAUGACGAGAAAUCAACAUGGGCACCAACUCAGAAUAUAACUUGGCUAGGUUUGGAUUGGAAUGGCGUAAACGGCACGAUCGCCAUUGCAUCCCAUCGCCUAGAGAAAUUAAAUUCUGCAAUAACUACUAUUCUCAAUUAG